AUACUAGUGAUAGUGACAGUUGGGUUGAAAAUAUAUGUAGCAUGAGUGACGUGUCUUACUUUCUGAAAGAAGUUUGGGGGAUAAAAUAUUGAAAAUAAAGAAGCACUUAUAGAAUUUGAUACAUUAGAAAUUAAUUAUAACAAUGAAUUUCAAUGCUAAUUCUGGCCCUAAGCAGCCUUUUGGUCGCAAAAUCAAAAGGGUUAGCGAUGUGAAUGCUAUGGGAUACAAUCCAUAUACUCAGCCGCAACCUUUUCCAAAUGGACAAGAUGCAGCACAACCACAGCCUGCAUUUAACCCCCAACAUCAACCAGCACAAGAGUUUAAUCAAAGUUAUACUCAACCAAACAAUGUACCAUACAAUAAUUUUGACACAAAUCAGUAUGCAAAUGUUCCUGGCAUUGGAGUAUUUGCUCAACCAAUGGUUCAGAACAUGGCCAUGCAAUACACACAACAACUGGCUAAUACAGGUACAACAAUGGUGAAGAAAGAGAUUGAACGGUUUGUACCUGUGAACCGUUUGAAAUACUACUUUGCCGUGGAUACAAAAUACGUAUUGACGAAAUUGGGACUUCUGUUCUUUCCAUUCACGCAUGCCGAUUGGUCCGUGAAGUACGAACAGGACGGCCCCGUUCAGCCCAGGUUCGAGAUUAACGCUCCUGAUCUUUAUAUACCGACAAUGGCUUACGUCACUUACGUUUUGGUGGCUGGUCUAGUGUUAGGUAUGCAGCAGAGGUUCAGCCCUGAGCAAAUAGGGAUACAGUCUUCUUCAGCCUUAGCAUGGUGCCUUAUUGAAUUGGGAGUAUAUAAUGCAACCUUGUAUAUUUCCAACAUCCAGACAAGUUUGCGUACAUUAGAUCUUUUAGCGUAUAGUGGAUAUAAAUUUGUGGGAUUAAUAGUUAGCAUACUAUUGAGUAUAGUUGGAGGAUCGACCGCCUAUUUUUGCAUGCUUGGCUACUUCAGUUUAGCACUUGCCUUCUUCCUAGUGCGCUCAUUGAGAGCUCAAGUUUUGCCAGAAAUCUCGCAGCAAGAAGCGUAUUACGGAGAUAACGUACCGUCGUCAGGCAAUAAAAGGCGAUUAUACUUUUUGCUUUUUGUAGCCGCCGCUCAGCCGGUUCUUUCUUGGUGGCUCUCUUACCAUUUGAUUAGGUACACUCCCUCAGUAACACUAUAAAAUAAUAAUUUAUUACCCAUAAUCAUUAUUUUUGGACACGCGUUUCGUUUGAUUACUUUAGUACCGAUUAUUAUAUACUUAAUUUAUUGUGGUGUGCUAAUUUACGAAUAAUAGCAUUAUGCAAGUCGUCGUGUCCAAAACUUGUAAUCAUGUAAUCCUUUGUAUAAGAUAAAUAAUAAAUAUAAUAUAUUUUAUACAUAUAUAUUUUGUAUUUGCUAGAAGACAUCCGUUGUAAAUGUCGACGUGGUUUAAUAUAAUUUAUUUAAAUACAAAUACCAUGUGUGUUCACAAA